AUGGAGCAAUGCGGUGUCUUGUUGGUAGGUCUUCUGGUGAUAUUACAGAGGACACAAACAGAGGAGAAUCCCCUUGAAAAAUGCUUCCAUGAUCCCAAUUACGAGUUUCUACUAGAGAUUGCAGAAAAUGGCCUCAACAAGACUCAGUGUCCCAAGCAUAUUGCAAUUGUCGGAGCUGGAAUAUCUGGAUUAAUUGCUGCUAAACUGCUGGAGGAAGCUGGCCACAGGAUAACUAUCCUGGAAGCCAGUGACCGAGUCGGCGGGCGCAUACACACUUACAGGAACAAGAGCAGGGGCUGGUAUGCAGAGCUUGGAGCAAUGAGAAUUCCUUCUUCACACAAAAUUAUCCAUCACUACAUUAAAUACUACAAUCUCAGCCUAAACGACUUCAUCCAGACAGACAGCAACACAUGGUACUUUGUCAAUGGGCGCCGCACAAAAACGUACGCAGUUGAUGACAACCCUGACAUCCUGGGCUAUCCAGUGAGAGAAGAUGAAAAGGGGAAAUCUGCUGACCAGCUGUACACUGAGGCAAUUGUAAAGGUCUGUGAAGAAAUGAAUGGAACCACAGCCAACUGCUGUUCCAUCCUCAAGAAAUAUGACUCUUAUUCUACAAAGGAAUUUUUACAGAAGAAAGGCAACUUAAGUAGAGCAGCAAUCCAAAUGGUCGGUGACAUUCUGAAUGAGCAGUCCUUGUUUUACACAGCUUUCACUGAAAGUCUACGAGAUGAAGCUGAGCUCAAUGACAAUGUCAUAUAUCAUGGAAUAAGUGGUGGUUUUGAGCUGCUGCCCAGAGCUAUAUAUCAACAUCUUAGUUGUGCAAUUCUUCUGAAAUCAAAAGCUGUGGAAAUAAAUCAAACCCUGCAGGAUGUCACAAUUGUUUAUAAAGACAAGGAUGACAACUCAGUCACUAACCUCAAGGCAGAUUACCUUCUGUUCACUGGGACAGCAAAAGCUACUUUGCGUGUAAGAUUUAACCCACCACUUCCAGAUUUUCAAAAAGAGGCCCUUCGUAACACCCACUAUGACAGUGCAACUAAAAUAUUCCUGGCAUUUCGAGAGAAGUUCUGGGUGGAGGAAGGGAUUCGUGGUGGGAAAUCAAUCACAGAUCAUCCAUCAAGGUACAUUUACUACAUCAGUAACAGUUUCCCUAGUGGAGUUGGUUUAGUACUUGCUUCAUAUACCUGGUCAGAUGAUUCCUCAUUCUUUCUAGGAAUGAGUGAUGAUGAAUGCAUGGAAUUGGCACUUAAUGACCUUGUUUCAAUACAUGGUGAAAAGAUUCGAAGCCUCUAUGAAGGCGGUGUGGUGAAAAAAUGGAGCUUGGAUGAGUACAGCCUUGGUGCCUUUGCUUUGUUCACCCCGUAUCAGCUGACAGAAUAUUCAUCCAAUGUGUUUAAGCCUGCAGGAAGAGUACAUUUCGCUGGAGAACACACUGCCCUCCCUCAUGCUUGGAUAGAGACUUCGAUAAAGUCUGCAGUUAGGGCAGCCAGAAAUAUUAAUAAUGAAGCAUGUAUCACAGUCCUUCCUAAUGAAAAGAAAGAUCUUUAAAAAAAUCCCAGAAGUGUUGUUGUCUAUAUACAAAUUAUCUUUAGGCAGAAAUGUGAAAAUACCACCUUUCUGUCUGAAACAAAUAUUUGUAAAGCUUUAUCAUUUGUUUAUGGACGUUUUUGGCUUUUUGCAAACUAACAAGCAUACAAUUUAAAAAAAAAAACAAAAAAAAAACAACAUGAUAUUGUACUGGAUACUUUUAGGGAAAUCUAAAGAUUUUUAUAGAAUGGGGCCAACAUAACCAUCUCCACGAUUUGAUUUAUAUUGGUAAAACAUCCUGUCCAACGCCAUAGUGCUAUUGACAAUCCUGUUCCCAACCAUUUCUUGCAGAAUAAACAUGAUUUAUUUAGCUUUAGAUUCUUAGGUAUUGAAAGGGGUUUUGUGCCCAAAAGAGGUGGCACUGUCAAUGUUUUUGGAUAUACACUUUGGACACCUUUAAUCCAGGUGGUCUUAAUGAAGAGUUGGAUCUCUGUCAUUUUCUGUAAAAUUAUCUUAUUAUAUAUUGAUGUUUAUGAUCUUUGCAUGUACUGGUACUGGAUUAAAUUAUGAAUCUGUAUACUACUUUGGAAAUAUGUUGUUUACAAUUAUGUUUGACUUUUCAAAUACAGUACACCCUCGCUUUAACGCCCUUCAAUAUAAUGAAUUUGGCCCCUGGACCCCAAAUAAAAAAUAAUGAAAAAAAAAAAUCAUAUAAACACACUGUCAACAUCCUGGUCUGUACGCAUGGGAUGCCACCUCUGCAGUGAAGUGAUAUCUUAAUAAAAAGCGCAUGCUGUGUAACUAUACAUCCAAAACAAAAAUCAUUUUAUGUUUCAACAAAGCUGGAAACUAUAUCAUUUGAAAAAACGAGUAACACAGACAUAUGUCUGUCAUGAAUACUGUAUAGGCUGUCAAAAAACACUUUUUGGCUUGUUUAGCAACAAUGCAGCAAGCAAAAUUCAUUAUGGGGAAAAAAAUAAAAAAUAAACCCGAAGAUCUGAACUUUCAUGUCGGGCUGAUUUGAUAUAAAAGCUCAGUUUGGGAUUCUUGCAUGUUGGAUUAAGAUUCGGUGCACUUUGACAUGAAUUGUGUCCAAUUGAUUUUGAAUAAAUGUUCAGCUUCAAUUAUGGAUUUGUGCUUUCUGUACUACGUUUUAAUUCUUUAUCGAUUAGGAUACAGCAAAGGCAGAAUACUGCAUACAUGAGAUGAACAGGUACAUGUAAUUCUACUUGUAUUCACAAUCUCAUCAA